CUCUGCUCUUCGUUUUUGCCUUCCGAACAGUCGAGUCGAGUCCCUCCCUGAGUAUUCCUCAACAGCGAACGCAGUCAUACCUACCAUAACGCACACACUUCUUUUUGGUCACGCCGGUUUGACGUUUCACGAGACACAGACAGGCGCUCGUCUCAACCAAACAGUUUUAAAUAUAUUACAGUCACGUCGUGAAAUUCCGUCCUUUUAAAUAGGCAACAAGAACAAGAACAGGUAGCCACCAUGGAUCAAUAUGAAACUAGCAAUCCUUCUGGUAAAUUCCCAACUGAAAAUGAACAAAGCCUGCAUGAAGAAGAUGUGAAAAAUAAGAGCCACACUAGAGAAGAAACAAAUCCAGAUUCUGACCGUGAUGACCACGAAGCUCACAUUCCAAGCCGACUUGAUCAGGAUGAGCAGUCUGGUGCACAAAAUGGAAACAUUCCACGUGAAGAUUUUAGCCUGAAACAAGAUGAAAUUUUGCCCGAAGAUAAGGAGGAUGAUUUUGACUUUGAAAAGAAACUUCCAGAAAUUCCAUCUGAGAAUCAGAAAAAUGAUUCUGAUUCAUCAAUGAAGUUUUCACCAGCACAUUUCCAAGAUAAAGCCAUUCAUGAAGCAGAACAGUUGCACCCUGAUGUUAAACAAGAAGAAUAUUCUCAUGAAGAUGUUGAAGAAGAAGAAGUUGUAGAACCAGAACAAGAAGUCAGUCACCGGAAACCACAGGAAGCUUCGCCCGAAGCAGUUCCUCAUAAACAGGAAGAAAUUUCCACACCGUCUCAAAGUCAGAGCUCGUCAUCGGAAGCCCCCAUUGAGGAACCCAAGCAGGAGAAAAUUUCUAAUAAGUCGCUCGAAUCAGUCCCUACUGAGGAAAACUUGGUUUCUACUUCACCUACUAGUCAACCAGAAUCUAAGUCUCAUCACCCUGAACCAGCAUCUUUCGCCGAGCGUGAUUCUUCUGCCGAACCUACUCCAACCGCAGCCGAGCCCCUCAAAACACGUUCCGUCAAAAGCAUGAAGUCAGAAGGGCGUAGCUUUCUCGGUCGAUGGUUUGAUCUCUCGCGCCUUAAUACUUAUGUUGUGGAUUUGGUGCACUGGCGCGAUCCGCGUAAGAGCGGAAUUGUCCUUGGGGCUAUCCUAGCCAUUCUCCUUUCGCUGUCCGUCGUCUCGGUCGUAUCUGUCAUCUCCUACUCAGCAUUGGCAGUUUUGUCGGGCACCCUUUCUUUCCGACUAUACAAGAAUGUGUUGCAGGCCGUUCAAAAAACUCAAGAUGGACAUCCUUUCAAGGAAUAUUUGGAGCAAGAUGUUACUGUUACAACGGAAAAGGUGCAUGAAGUAGCUGAUUUGACUGCAGCAAAAUUGAAUGCCACUUUAGUCGAACUGCGCCGAUUGUUCCUGGUUGAAGAUUUGGUGGAUUCCGUCAAGUUUGCACUCGUCUUGUGGGCUCUCACCUACGUUGGUUCCAUGUUCAAUGGUCUGACACUGGUCAUCUUAGGUGUGAUUGGUCUUUUUACUUUCCCCAAAGUGUACGAAACACACCAGGAAAAAAUUGAUCAGAAUGUUGAUCUCGUGAAAAGCAAAAUCAACGAAAUUGUUGACAAGGUUCAGGCUGUGUUGCCUAUCGGCAAGAAGGCCAAGAGCCAAUAAAACUGAAAAUUUAGAAUAGCGAGGCUUGUGUUUCGGCCCCGUCCUCGGUGUGCUUGGGUCAGUCGGGACUCGGUAGACUUGACGAGAAGAAACCUUUACUAGUUAAUUUUUCUCUUUUCUUUAAAAUUGGUUGUGGCUGCUUUAUCUCUUUAGACCUUAUUUGCGAGAAGAGAAAUAACUGGUCAUACAUUUUCCUUUCUUCCUAUCCCCUAUAAUAUACCUUGGCCUGUAGAUGAACAACCAUAACCGUCAUUUACAUCGGGCAAUCGCACUUGUUGUGUGCUCCAUAGCAAAUUUCUUUCCUAUCUCCAUCACCUAGGGAUUUUGAAAUUCGGAAGGCGUCAUAUGUUUGUAAAAGACUUGUGUUGGGAUUUCCAGGGCUUAAACUAGCGAAAUGCCCUUGGCUAGAAUUUGAGUUUGCUCACCUAUAAUAUCCUCUUAUAACUACUCUUUGUGUUGUCAUGUAACCGAUUCUCUCAACAAGUCUAAAAACAUUGUUUUAUUGUCUUGUGAAUCAGUGUGUGGUUUGUUGACACGCUAAUUUUGUCAAUCUCUUGAAUCUCAGUGUGAGAAGAGCUGUUGUAGUGUUUCACUGUCCCGGCAUGUCGUCAGUCUCUUUCUCGAUGCAGAAUUUCAGCCAGAAAGUUAUACGCGCUUCUCAUCCUGCUUUGGUGGCACUCAUGAGUUCCCUUUUGUCGAUUCUCUACUCAUAUUUCAGAUAAAAUUUAUUGUUAUAUUUUUUAUUCUUUAAGAGCUGAAGGUAAAGCCUCUUUUCUACUAAUAAUAUAUAGUACUGUGCUCCUUGUCUGCUCUGUUCCCACCUAUUCCCAUCACACUUUGGAAAAUAAAUAUUCAACGUUCAACCAUAAA